AUGACUGAUGACACAGUGAAGCCCGUUAAAGGACUCGUCAUCAGAACGGAGGAGGAAGGUCAUUACAGGGGUUUGCGCAAUCAAGGUGCGACGUGCUAUCUGAACGCAACCUUGCAGGUGCUCUUCAUGACCGAGGCGUUCAGAGAGAGAGUGCUGCUGGGAACUCCCUGUGACACAAGUGAGAUAUUAGUGUCAGCAUUAAAGGAACUAUUUGAAGAGCUCAGCAGUCAGGACGGGGCCCCUCAGAGCGUCUCAACCAAAGGAGUAAUCAAGGCUCUUGGUAUACAGAAUGUAUGUGAGCAGCAGGAUGCUGUGGAACACUUCCUAGAGAUCCUAGAGAAAGCAGGCCCUAAUUUGGCUGAGGAAGAUGGGGUUCAAUCAUAUUUUGCAUCUACACAAUUACUUGGUGAUGACCAGAUGUACUGUGAAACCUGUGAUGGAAAACGUGAUACAACAUGGAGUUGUGAAAUACAUGAGCAUCCAGCAGUUCUGGCUUUGCACCUGAAAAGGUUUGUGUAUGACUAUAGGUCACAUAUGUUUAAGAAAAACGAAUGUCCCGUGGAUGUACCGCUUCGUUUAUCUCUUCAGGAGCACGAGUAUUCGCUCUAUGCUGUGAUCAACCACAGCGGGAGCCGUCACGGAGGACACUACACCGCUGACAUCCGAUCUUUUACAGAAAACAAGUGGUACUGUUUCAAUGACAGUUAUGUCAGAGAGACUAAUGAGAGAAAACUGAAAUGCUCCAUGGAGGCUUAUUUGCUUUUGUACCAGAAAAUCGACAGUCCUCCAGCUUAUGAGAUGAAGAAGGAAACCCAGGAUUCUCAGGCCGCUCCGGUGUUCCUGACUAGGAACACCUGCCAAAAUCAGGAAGCUGCAGAGGAAGCAAAGCGCUAA